UGGGUGUGUCUCCAUGCUGCACCAGUGUUCGGCUUGUCUGCCCAGUCAUUUAUUUCCGAAAACUGGUAUCGAUCGAAUCGAAUCUUUGUUAAAAGCCAAUUUCUUUUCAGCCAAAAAUGUAUUGCAACAAUGAAUGGAUCAAAUGCGGGGCCUUGUUGCUCUUGGUAGUAGUGGCCAGCAUCGAAUGUGGUGGUGCAAUCACUGGUCAAGAAUCGGACAAACCAAAUGCAGUGACUACCGAAGAUCCAUGCUUAUCAAUCAAAUGCGGCUUCGGACAGGAAUGCUUUGUCGAUUACGAGAACAACGAGGCCAAUUGCAUCUGUAUCAGAGAGUGUCCACAAAACGAUGACCUUCGACGUCGUGUCUGUUCCAACUACAACGAAACAUGGCAAUCAGAUUGCCAUCUCAUGAAACAUCGUUGCGAUUGUCUUGAACAAGUGAACGCAGUCGAUUCAAAGUACUGCACGUAUGAACACAAACACAUGCAUAUCGACUAUUAUGGAGAAUGCAAGGACAUCGAACCAUGUAGAGACGAAGUUCUCGAAGACUUUCCUCGUCGAAUGCGGGAUUGGCUCGACAGCAUCAUCAGUUUAUCUAGGGUAGAGGUGACCAAUUCUAAACAGGAUAUGGAACACAAAUGGAUCGACGCGAUCAUCUGGAAAUUCUGCGAUCUGGACAAAGAACCACACGAUCGGUACGUAUCACGACAUGAAUUGUUUCCAUUACGUGCACCAUUGCUAUCGAUGGAAAGUUGCAUAUCUGACUUUUUGGAUGGCUGCGAUGCCAACGACGAUCACAAAAUCACUCUUGUCGAAUGGGGAAAGUGUUUGGGCGCCAGUCCAGAUGAGAUGCAAGACAAAUGCAACCAAUUCAUCAGCAAAGCUUGAAUCACCCACUAGAUGAUGAGGAUGAUGUGUUAUAAAUAAUAAUUCUUCAUAUCCACUGUCCAGGAUCCAAUCUUUAGUUUGUCCAUUCAUACGUUCGUUCAUAAUAAAUAAAUCAAUGAAUGAUUGUUAUGAUUAAAUUAAUAAUUAAAUAAAUGAUGAUGAUGAUGAAAACGCAACUUGACUCAAUCAACAGUUGUGAAUAAAAUAAAAAUAAAUAGGAUACAUUCAAAUUGAUA